AGGGGAGAAGAAGAUGGGGCGCCAUAGACAUAGCAAUUCCAUGGAUGGCUCUUUCACCUCCUCGUUUGAAGCCGAAUCCACCGUCGUAAUUGAUAACUCGAAGAAGGCCUUGGCGCCAGAUAAACUCGCUGAACUUGCUUUAAUGGACCCCAAACGAGCUAAGAGGAUUCUGGCGAAUAGACAAUCUGCUGCGCGAUCCAAGGAGAGGAAAAUACGUUACACUAAUGAACUAGAGAAGAAGGUGCAGACACUUCAGUCAGAAGCAACUUCCCUUUCUGCGCAGCUCACAGUGCUUCAGAGAGAUACCACUGGAUUGAGUGCUGAGAAUAGGGAACUCAAACUGAGGCUGCAGGCCAUGGAGCAGCAAGCCCAGCUCAGGGAUGCUCUGAAUGACACCCUGAGGGAGGAAGUGCAGCGGCUGAAGAUAGCUGCUGCCCAGCUGCCUGCUGCUAAUGGCAGCAACUCAUUCAACACCGGAGGAGGGCUGCCCCCUCAAUUCCCUACUGCUCUCCAUCCAUCCUUGCUUCAGUUUGGCGACUCUCCGAAUCAUCGACACCAACAGCUGCUUCACAUGCCUCAGCCUGAUGCUCAAGGAGUGUCUUCGCUGUCCCAGCUUCCUGGAGGUUAACCACCCGGUCCAGUGACAUCUUUAGAUAAUCCAUUGAUAUUAUAUUUGGGAAGCUAAGGAAUUGUAACCCGUGUCUUCUACAUUUGGAUUUGUAUCAGUAUACUUGUAAAGAAAAAGAAAUACAUGUACAGAAAAGCUGCAUGAGGAUUGUAUUGUACUACCACUCACACCCAAUAAUAGGGCUCACUUCUUUCUGAACA